UGAUUUCAUACUGGAUAUAGUUACGGGCCGGUUUCCAUAACUCCGAUUAAAAAAAGGAGGCAAAGGAUAAACAGAUAUACUCAUAUACAUACAGAAAGGGGAAGAGAUUGAAUUAGGAGUUCGGUCUAGAUCGACCGAUGGGCCAACAUUCUUGUUGUAACCAACAGAAGGUUAAAAGGGGUCUUUGGUCACCGGAGGAAGACGAAAAACUCACUCAUUACAUUACUAAUAAUGGCUAUGGUUGUUGGAGUGAAGUUCCUGACAGAGCUGGCCUUCAGAGAUGUGGUAAGAGUUGCCGUUUAAGAUGGAUCAAUUAUUUGAGACCUGACAUUAGAAGAGGAAGAUUUACGCCGGAGGAGGAGAAGUUGAUCAUCAAACUUCACGGUGUCGUCGGAAACAGAUGGGCUCAUAUAGCAAGUCACUUGCCGGGAAGAACAGACAAUGAGAUAAAGAAUUAUUGGAAUUCAUGGAUAAAGAAGAAAGUAACGCGAAAGUCAUCGUCUUCUCCAUCGCUUAUUUCAUUACCGACAACGUCAUCAUCGGUUCUACCAACAAAUUAUAACAAUGAGCUUCUUCAACAAUCAAGUAAUUACAGUAUGGAUACUCAAGUUGACUUGUUAACUAAUACUACUAAUCUUCAAGAUCACUCGACAUUACUACUCCAAGAAACAAAUACAUUUCCUAAUUUGUUCAUGUUCGACCCCGGUUUGAUCAGUAUUAGUAACAACAGUUUGGAUGUAGAGCAGCAAAAUGACGAUAACAACAACGGAAUCCAUAUUCCGAAAUCUUGGAAAUCAUCAAACGAACAAGACCGGCAGACAACGCUUCUUCCUCUUCAUCCACUACCUGUGUGCAGUAACUUCGCGGCCGGAAUAGUUUCGGAUGAGAACUAUAUGGCAUCAACAUCAUAUUACUCAGAUGAGAGUCAUCUUAACCACCACAAUAUGGUGCCCGCAACGGAGAUUGGGAUGGAUUACUUACAAAGGCAAGACCAUGAGUUAAUGAUAAAUGACAGUGAGGCAUGGGUUGAGAAUGACCAUCAGCAACAACAUGGCCCGGAAAGUUUUCUAAUUUGGGAGAAUUUUGAAGGGCAAAUUAGUGGAGAAGGUUCAUCAAAUAUGGAAGAUAUUUUAUCUUCUUCUUAUCCUUCUUCAUCAUCUUUUUAAUCUUUGAGUUUUCCUAUCUUUUCAUUCUUUUUGGGUGUUUCGUUUAUUUAUGCAAAAAGUGUUUCGACUUUUUCGUUUUUAGGGGCCUCCUUUGUAGAGUUGUGGUUGUGCAGUGUGAUAUAUACAAUUGCAUUCAAGUGAUGCAAAAAAGGAGAAUAACUAAGGGCUUUGAAACAACAAAAAAACUAAAACAUGAGGAAUAUGAUGAAUAAAGUUUUGGGAUUUUUUACUUUA